AUGAAGAUGGUGACGGACCCGACUCUCGACGACGACAGGUGGGGAUUGUUUGUACCGUACAAGCGCAAGUUUUGGUUCGAAAAGAACGAUUAUGACGUCCCUGAAUCCUAUUUCUACCAGAACGGCGAGGAGAUUCAGCCCAAUACCAUCGAGCUGGUCAAGAGAUUCCUCAAACAAGUCCGCGAAUCCAGGGGUUAUGACGUGGAUUGCUACCCGCCUCCGAUGUUUAAAUCUCCAUUCUCACCACUUCCACUGGAAAGGAUGCGCCAGGGUACAAGCUAUAUUGAUACAUGCGGCUAUGCUAGAGUUGUCGGAGCAGCCGAGUUAGCAAUUCAGGAUAUCUGUGAAGAGACUGGUCACAGAUAUAAGCUUGUGAAAGUCGAGAGGGCUGUCAUGGUCCUGACCAGGCCCGGGGUGUACUUCUUGACUUUGACUGCCGAGGAAGAUGGUGUCCCUGUGCAAACUAUUCAAGCCCAGGUGGGAAAGCUGCUGCUCGAUGCAUUGAUAUACCCAGGCAUCAUGACAAUUGUGCUAAAGAACUCAGUUUUAACAACAUUUCAUACUUCGGAUGAUGGUGAUAGCAAUGAAAAAGUCGUUGCUCGGCCCUUUUUAAUGAGAACAAAGACUAAGGAGGACAGAGAAAAACUUGCUGCUGCCAUUCAGGAUUGCGCGCCUGCAAGCCGAGACUCGCAAAUCCGCCAAGAUCGAGAAGAAAAGCCAUGA